CUACUGGAAACUAUUCUUCGUUCUGAAGAACUACAAUCACCUAACAAGGUUUGGAUUGGCAUUCUAGGAGUUGCAAAAUGCGAUACAUUAUACUCAUAGUGAUCGUAAUUGCCGGUGGACGAGCAGGUAGAUUGGUUGACACGGACGUUGUAGCCAAGAUGCUGGACGAUCCUGUGCACGAAGCUGCCUUGGUAAAGAGAGAGGGUAGCGGUGGCUCUCGAGGUGGAAUUGUUGACACGGACGUUGUAGCCAAGAUGGUGGACGAUCCUGUGCACGAAGCUGGCUUGGUAAAGAGAGAGGGUAGCGGUGGCUCUCGAGGUGGAAUUGUUCUCACGGACGUUGUAGCCAAGAUGGUGGACGAUCCUGUGCACAAAGCUGCCUUGGUAAAGAGAGAGGGUAGCGGUGGCUCUCGAGGUGGAAUUGUUGACACGGACGUUGUAGCCAAGAUGGUGGACGAUCCUGUGCACGAAGCUGCCUUGGUAAAGAGAGAGGGUAGCGGUGGCUCUCGAGGUGGAAUUGUUGACACGGACGUUGUAGCCAAGAUGCUGGACGAUCCUGUGCACGAAGCUGCCUUGGUAAAGAGAGAGGGUAGCGGUGGCUCUCGAGGUGGAAUUGUUGACACGGACGUUGUAGCCAAGAUGCUGGACGAUCCUGUGCACGAAGCUGCCUUGGUAAAGAGAGAGGGUAGCGGUGGCUCUCGAGGUGGAAUUGUUGACACGGACGUUGUAGCCAAGAUGCUGGACGAUCCUGUGCGCGAAGCUGCCUUGGUAAAGAGAGAGGGUAGCGGUGGCUCUCGAGGUGGAAUUGUUGACACGGACGUUGUAGCCAAGAUGCUGGACGAUCCUGUGCACGAAGCUGCCUUGGUAAAGAGAGAGGGUAGCGGUGGCUCUCGAGGUGGAAUUGUUGACACGGACGUUGUAGCCAAGAUGCUGGACGAUCCUGUGCACGAAGCUGCCUUGGUAAAGAGAGAGGGUAGCGGUGGCUCUCGAGGUGGAAUUGUUGACACGGACGUUGUAGCCAAGAUGCUGGACGAUCCUGUGCGCGAAGCUGCCUUGGUAAAGAGAGAGGGUAGCGGUGGCUCUCGAGGUGGAAUUGUUGACACGGACGUUGUAGCCAAGAUGCUGGACGAUCCUGUGCACGAAGCUGCCUUGGUAAAGAGAGAGGGUAGCGGUGGCUCUCGAGGUGGAAUUGUUGACACGGACGUUGUAGCCAAGAUGCUGGACGAUCCUGUGCACGAAGCUGCCUUGGUAAAGAGAGAGGGUAGCGGUGGCUCUCGAGGUGGAAUUGUUGACACGGACGUUGUAGCCAAGAUGCUGGACGAUCCUGUGCACGAAGCUGCCUUGGUAAAGAGAGAGGGUAGCGGUGGCUCUCGAGGUGGAAUUGUUGACACGGACGUUGUAGCCAAGAUGCUGGACGAUCCUGUGCGCGAAGCUGCCUUGGUAAAGAGAGAGGGUAGCGGUGGCUCUCGAGGUGGAAUUGUUGACACGGACGUUGUAGCCAAGAUGCUGGACGAUCCUGUGCACGAAGCUGCCUUGGUAAAGAGAGAGGGUAGCGGUGGCUCUCGAGGUGGAAUUGUUGACACGGACGUUGUAGCCAAGAUGCUGGACGAUCCUGUGCACGAAGCUGCCUUGGUAAAGAGAGAGGGUAGCGGUGGCUCUCGAGGUGGAAUUGUUGACACGGACGUUGUAGCCAAGAUGCUGGACGAUCCUGUGCACGAAGCUGCCUUGGUAAAGAGAGAGGGUAGCGGUGGCUCUCGAGGUGGAAUUGUUGACACGGACGUUGUAGCCAAGAUGCUGGACGAUCCUGUGCGCGAAGCUGCCUUGGUAAAGAGAGAGGGUAGCGGUGGCUCUCGAGGUGGAAUUGUUGACACGGACGUUGUAGCCAAGAUGCUGGACGAUCCUGUGCACGAAGCUGCCUUGGUAAAGAGAGAGGGUAGCGGUGGCUCUCGAGGUGGAAUUGUUGACACGGACGUUGUAGCCAAGAUGCUGGACGAUCCUGUGCACGAAGCUGCCUUGGUAAAGAGAGAGGGUAGCGGUGGCUCUCGAGGUGGAAUUGUUGACACGGACGUUGUAGCCAAGAUGCUGGACGAUCCUGUGCGCGAAGCUGCCUUGGUAAAGAGAGAGGGUAGCGGUGGCUCUCGAGGUGGAAUUGUUGACACGGACGUUGUAGCCAAGAUGCUGGACGAUCCUGUGCGCGAAGCUGCCUUGGUAAAGAGAGAGGGUAGCGGUGGCUCUCGAGGUGGAAUUGUUGACACGGACGUUGUAGCCAAGAUGCUGGACGAUCCUGUGCACGAAGCUGCCUUGGUAAAGAGAGAGGGUAGCGGUGGCUCUCGAGGUGGAAUUGUUGACACGGACGUUGUAGCCAAGAUGCUGGACGAUCCUGUGCACGAAGCUGCCUUGGUAAAGAGAGAGGGUAGCGGUGGCUCUCGAGGUGGAAUUGUUGACACGGACGUUGUAGCCAAGAUGCUGGACGAUCCUGUGCACGAAGCUGCCUUGGUAAAGAGAGAGGGUAGCGGUGGCUCUCGAGGUGGAAUUGUUGACACGGACGUUGUAGCCAAGAUGGUGGACGAUCCUGUGCGCGAAGCUGCCUUGGUAAAGAGAGAGGGUAGCGGUGGCUUUCGAGGUGGAAUUGUUGACACGGACGUUGUAGCCAAGAUGCUGGACGAUCCUGUGCACGAAGCUGCCUUGGUAAAGAGAGAGGGUAGCGGUGGCUCUCGAGGUGGAAUUGUUGACACGGACGUUGUAGCCAAGAUGCUGGACGAUCCUGUGCACGAAGCUGCCUUGGUAAAGAGAGAGGGUAGCGGUGGCUCUCGAGGUGGAAUUGUUGACACGGACGUUGUAGCCAAGAUGCUGGACGAUCCUGUGCACGAAGCUGCCUUGGUAAAGAGAGAGGGUAGCGGUGGCUCUCGAGGUGGAAUUGUUGACACGGACGUUGUAGCCAAGAUGCUGGACGAUCCUGUGCGCGAAGCUGCCUUGGUAAAGAGAGAGGGUAGCGGUGGCUCUCGAGGUGGAAUUGUUGACACGGACGUUGUAGCCAAGAUGCUGGACGAUCCUGUGCACGAAGCUGCCUUGGUAAAGAGAGAGGGUAGCGGUGGCUCUCGAGGUGGAAUUGUUGACACGGACGUUGUAGCCAAGAUGCUGGACGAUCCUGUGCACGAAGCUGCCUUGGUAAAGAGAGAGGGUAGCGGUGGCUCUCGAGGUGGAAUUGUUGACACGGACGUUGUAGCCAAGAUGCUGGACGAUCCUGUGCGCGAAGCUGCCUUGGUAAAGAGAGAGGGUAGCGGUGGCUCUCGAGGUGGAAUUGUUGACACGGACGUUGUAGCCAAGAUGCUGGACGAUCCUGUGCACGAAGCUGCCUUGGUAAAGAGAGAGGGUAGCGGUGGCUCUCGAGGUGGAAUUGUUGACACGGACGUUGUAGCCAAGAUGCUGGACGAUCCUGUGCACGAAGCUGCCUUGGUAAAGAGAGAGGCUUACGAUGGCUAUGGAGGUGGAAUUGUUGACACGGACGUUGUAGUCAAGAUGGUGGACGAUCCUGUGCACGAAGCUGCCUUGGUAAAGAGAGCGAGUGGCGGUGGCUUUGGAGGUGGAAUUGUUGACACAGACGUUGUAGCCAAGAUGGUGGACGAUCCUGUGCACGAAGCUGCCUUGGUAAAGAGAGAGGCCUACGGUGGCUAUGGAGGUGGAAUUGUUGACACGGACGUUGUAGCCAAGAUGGCCGAUCUUGUGUACAAAGCGUAACACUAAGAAUGAUGGAUGACAAACAGCAAUAGAAAAAACCCAAAACAUUGGGCUCACAGUGAAUUAUCUACCCAAUAAAGCAUUGUGCACAA